AAACGCCAAAAUCUUGAAACUUGAGUCAAUAGACGUACCAGAUUAAUGUUUUUAUGUAUAUUAUAUAAAUUAUUAUACUAGUAUAAAUGCACAUGCAAAGUUGAACUUGUAUUCCUCGUCUAAUUUCCUCUGAUCCGAUCAUAAACUGUAGUUGACAGGAGCAAGGAGCCAAGAUUUCAUUGUUGAUCAUUGUUGUUUAGAUUAGAAUCCUGAAAUGGAAGGUGAAACAGUGAUGCAUUCAGGAGGUUGUCAUUGUAAGAGUGUAAGGUGGAAAGUGGUUGCUCCUUCCAGUGUGGUGGUAUGGGACUGCAACUGCUCAAACUGCUACAUAAGAGGCAAUACUCACUUUAUUGUGCCUGCUCACAAAUUUGAGCUUUUGGGAGAUUCUGCUCAGUUUCUUACAACUUAUUCGUUUGGCACCCACACUGCAAAGCAUACAUUCUGUAAAAUAUGUGGUAUAACUUCAUUCUAUUAUCCUCGCUCAAACCCAGAUGGGGUUGCUGUUGCAUUCAGGUGUGUUGACGCAGGAACUUUGACAGUCAAUGAAAUCAGGAGUUUUGAUGGGAAGAAUUGGGAACAGUCAUAUAAUGAGUCAGACAUCUCUUCAUGUUCAAAGGUUCAGAAGUGACUCAUAUAACAUUAGAGGCUACAAAUUAGUUGUGGUCACUAUGUUGCCCCUGCAACUAAGCUAGCUUUAAUAUAUAUGAUGUAAUGCAAAUAAAAAUAAUGUAAACAGACAAAUUAUCUAAUUCUAAUGACGUGGUUUGGAAA